UCAGCUACUAUACCAUAACCACCAAUCAAAACAAAACAAACAAAUUUUUUAAAACUAUUAAUACUUAAAAAUGUAAAGUAAUAAAGGCAUACUUUUAUUUAUUUGUUAGUGCUUUUGUAUGAGAACAAUUAUCAUUUAAGGAACUAAAAAAGAUGUCAAACGCUUAUGGAACAACGUAUUUUCGUGAAACAUAUAACCACAAAGAACUGCAAGAAAAUCUUAAAUAUAAGAAAAAAUAUAAAAAAUUAAAAAAACUUGUUAAAGAAAUGGUUGUUGAAAAUGCAGCUCUUUGCGAUCAAGUAUCAGAAGUUCAAGAUAAUCUUGUUUCUGCAAAAAAAGAAAGGCUAAUGCUGUUAAAGAGACUGUGUCAAUUGCAAGGUGAAAUGGAUCCAUCAAGUUUAUUAACAAAAUCCCAAAUGGGUAGCUCUAGUUCACCAGUACCAAACUCAGAUGCAUUUCUAUCUAAAAAAAGUAUUAAAAAGCGAAAUAAUAUAGAGAUCCUAGACUGUAAAAGUAAACCUAAAAAGUUGAGUAAAACUGCACGAAAAGUUGUACAGCUCAUACCCUUAGAUAUUCAUGGUAGACCUAUUUUUCCAAUUUCAUUAGGAGACUUAACUGUGUAUUCAUUAGGAGAUGUUGUUGCUGACAGACUGGCAUAUCACACUGAAGAUUUAAUUUUUCCAGUAGGUUAUUGUAGUACUAGAGUCUAUGCUAGUUUGAAAGAUGCCAGAAUGAAAACGUUAUACACAUGUAAAAUAUUAGAUGGUGGAAUUAAACCUAGGUUUGAAAUAGUCUCGGAUACUGAACUUGAUCAACCAUUAGUGGGGUCCAGUCCAGAUGAAUGCCAUUCACGUUUGUUGGUAGCUAUAUCAUCUACAUUAAAUUUAAUAACACCGAAAGGAGCAGAUUUUUUUGGUAUAUCUCAUCCAACUAUACAAAACCUUAUUCAAAGUUCUCCUGGUACUCGUAAACUUUUCAAUUAUAAACCACAAAAAUUUGAGAUCAGCAAAAGCUCUGCAGACAAAGAUCCUAUUUUGUUUGCGGAAGAAGAAAAUGAUCCUGGAUUAAGUUUUGAAGCACUACAUCGACAUUAUGCUCUUUCUACUGCACACAACAUUAAACAGGAAUCUUCAAAUAAUCACGAACUAAUAAAUUUUCAGGAACUUAUUUCAUAGCCAAAAAAGUAGUCUUUUUUUCAUUAAUUUUAUAAAUUAUACAGAAGGAUAGAGAUAUGUAAUCAAUCACCAUAUUUAUUUCAUAGUGUAUAAAACAUUUAUUAUUUCUAGUAAUUAUAUUUACAUUGGU